ACGCGCCCUUCCGCGCAUGAGCGGUGCUGACCAGAGCCCGCCAGCCACGGUCUCGGGCGCCAGCUACGCCGCUGCGGCUGUCACUAUGGCCCAUUACAAAGCCGCCGACUCGAAGCGCGAGCAGUUCCGGAGGUACUUGGAGAAGUCGGGGGUGCUGGACACGCUGACCAAGGUGUUGGUAGCCUUAUAUGAAGAACCAGAGAAACCUAACAGUGCUUUGGAUUUUUUAAAGCAUCACUUAGGAGCUGCAACCCCAGAAAAUCCAGAAAUAGAGCUUCUUCGCCUAGAAUUGGCAGAAAUGAAAGAGAAAUACGAAGCUAUUGUAGAAGAAAAUAAAAAACUGAAAGCAAAGCUUGCUCAAUAUGAACCACCUCAGGAGGAGAAGCGUGCUGAAUAGGAUUCUUCUCAGUUGAAAAAGACACUGAAAAAUGGUUUUGUAUGACUUGAAUAGUUUGUAUAGUAUAUGAUCUUUUCUGAACAGAUGAUAUAAAACUUUUAAUAUGUUAAAUUCACUUACCACACUUUGUUAUAAACACAUACUUAGAAUCACUAAUAAACACUCAAUAUCACUUUAUUUGGGAGAAUCCAAAGUAUAUCCUCAAAAAACUACGGAUAUAGCCAUCUAGAUAGUUUUCAUAACCAAAAUACGUUCUGUUUGCCAGUCUGAUUCAGAAUGAUGGUAGUAGUUGUUUUUUAACCAGAGCUUUGAACUGGUUUGUUCCAAUUCGAACCCCUGCUGAGAUAUGCAUUUCUACCCCAGAUACACUGAAUCAGAAUUUACCAUUUAACAAGAUUCCCAGGGGAUUCUUAUGUAUAAUAAAUUUUGAGAACCACUGCUCUACUAGUGGUCCUCAGAAUUGGUCCCUAACCAACAGCAUUAGCAUUGCCUGGCAACUUGUUAGAAUGCAAAUUCUCAGCCAGAACAAACAGGUUCGAAGUCCUGAUUUUAAUCAAGGAAGUUCAGCAUGGAGCUAUUUCUUGGUUAGGUUCAGGACACGCGCACGGGUAUAGUCAUUCUUUAAAAUGAAGAUGACGCUGUUGUUUAUAUUCCCUGUGGGCAGCUGGAGAGAUCUGUGUGACAUACGAUGCUUUUGCACAGGCUCCCAUGAGUCCUCUGCUCUUGUUUAUAUAAUACGAAAUGAAUAACUCUUCUUUGCCACCACUUUGCCUUAGAUAAUCGUGUGUGCCAGUCUGAACUCCGACUGACACCACGUUUCUCUUCUAUGCAAUCAUGCCCUAUCUGAUAAUGUUGCCUUGCUUCACUCUGUGCUUCAGUGGGUCCUACGUGCAUGUUGGUCUUUCUGUGUUAUUUUUCAAUUUGCUAUAAGAGCAGUUACCCUGACUGUAAUUUAUAACUUUAAACGUCCUUUACCCUUACGAAAGCUGUUAGUGAGCAGAGAACAGAGGCAACAGAAAAUUCUGGGUUCAUGCCUAAGCUGGGAUGAGAAGGGGAAUGAGCCAUAUAUCGGGGGAGAUUAUAGUUUUGGGGUAUAAUUAUAUAGUGCUUUUUUCCUCAAAGUAUUUUUCUAGCCUUUGAAUUCAUUUUAUCUUCACUAUACCUGUGAAGUAGGUAGGGCAAGUAUGAGGGAAGGAUGUUGGGUGCUGAAAUUUCAGGCCAAAGACUGUAUUAACAUAAGCCAUUUACUGACUGUAGAAACUUGGCCAUAUCAGUGAACCACUCUGAGAGUCACUUUCUGCAUCUGUUAAAUGAGAAGAAUAUCUGUGCUGCCUACCUCACAGGGUUGUUGUGAGGGUCAGAUGAGUAUGUAUGUGAAAGAUGUGUAAAUGGUAAAGCACUAUAUACUUGUUUGUUUUAUUGUCUUUUGGAAGACCUACAGCCAGAUGUUGUUUUAUUGAUCACUCAUUUUCUUCAAUGAUUGACUGACAUUAACAAGAAGUCCGAUUUCAUGUAUUCUCUCCCAGUUGUUAGAGAACCUGUCUAUUUUUUUGUCAAACCACAACAUAUAAAACAAAAUGACUCCAAGGAAAGCUGGUUUGACUAGCAAAAGGCUCAGCAUCUGCUGGAAACUGUGAUCAAACCAAUUUUAAGGGCAUUUUUAAUCAGUCAUGUUGGCAGGAGUGCGGCCAAUGAUCUGUGCCUCUUCUAGUCACAGGUUUGCUUUUUGUUUUUUUGCGGGGUGGCGAAUACUGUUGGAACAACAUUAACUUGAAUCGAUAUCUUACUAAUUUGAGUGCCUCCGACAUUGACAGCACUGGGUGUUAUGAAGAUGAAUGACUUAAAGUUAAAAGGCACGUAUAUAAGCAAUUACAAUAUAGGAUAGGAUGUGCUAAGAGCCAUGAGAAGUAUAAAAUAUGGCCCUAUGGUAGUUUUGAAAGAGAGAGAGAUUUGGCUUCUUUAAGCAGUUGGUAUGACACUCCCUUUGUGGAUACAGAAGUAGAAAUUAUUUUUGGUAGUCAACGCUCAUUUGAUUUUUUUCCCAUGGGAUUAGUACUAUGUCUGUCAGUAAAUCAGGUGAUUUUUUUUUUUUUUUUACCAUCCCUUUGAAUUGAAGGAAACCCUGGUUGCAUAGUGGUUAAGUGCUACGGCUGCUAACCAAAGGGUUGGCAGUUCGAAUCCACCAGGUGCUCCUUGGAAACUCUUACGGGGCAGUUCUACUCUGUCCUAUAGGGUCGCUAUGAGUUGGAAUCAACUCGAGGGCACUGGGUUUGGUUUGGUUUUUUGGUUUUUGAAUUGAAUGGCAGCAUAUGGGUUGGAUAAUCACACUUAGGUGGAACUGACCUGCUUAAACUUCUGUACCAGUCAGUGCUGUUUAAGAAUUCAGGAUCAGCCAAGGGUGGAUUAUCCCAUAGCCAAGGUAAGCACAGUGCUUACCUUGCUUACCAGAUCAUCUGUAGUGAAAUUGUUUGCUACAGAGUAGUAAGUAAGCCUAUGCUUACCUUGCUUGUCAUCCACCCGUCAGGGAUUGUAAAUUUGAAAAGAGGCUUUGAUUCUGUAGGAAUGUGCUGUGGGGUUGGGAGAGAGACAGAUGCCAGUCAUACCUAGAAGCAGAGUCUUUAAUGUGGUGAAAAAAUGUGAAAUUGUUGACUACAGGUGAUCUGGUAAGCAAGGUGAGCACUGUGGUUACCUUGCCUAUUGGAUAAUCCUUUCCUGGGUUCAGCCUUGUUUCUGGACAUCCUUUUCAAAAUUUAUGUCAAGGAUUUGGAUGAAAACAGUACACUUGAGGAUGCUCAAUGGAGAAGAAAAAGCAUUCUAUAAAUUCAGUUCCUGCUGUGCUUCAGCUUAUCUAUAUGUAAAAUGGAAUUUCAUCUCUGGCCUACCUUACAAGGUUACUGUGAGGAUCAAAUUAAACAUAAUGGAUUUAAAAAUGCCUUGCAAAAUGUAAAGGACUACGUAUGGAUCAGACAGUAAUGUCAGAUCUGUAAGUGCCACAGAGUUGGAAGGGCUGGUUGGUAGGAUACAUUGAAACAAGCUUUAAAAUGAUCAACAACCUGGAGAUUAAGAACUGCUGGGCCUAAAUCAAAAGGCUGAGAUAUCAAGUCUUGUAUUUAGGUUCAAAAAAGCAGUUACACAAGUUUGGGCACUAGAAUUGCUGACAAAGUACUAGUUUCAGUGAUUAUCAAUGUGAACCACUUGUGGCUACUUAAAAAAAAAGUCCAUUUUGGAACGCAUUAAUAGAAAUACCGUCUAGGUUCUAAAUAGUCACCUGUUAUUGGGCAGUAUUGUACUGCAGGUGUCAUACAUUUGAUAGAUGUUGACAAGUUCAAAUGCAUAUGAAGGAGAGCGACCAAUAGGGAGAGGGGCUUUGAAAAU